CUGCAUGACAUGCUGUACCGAAACCAUCCAUACGCUCCUCUUUAUAAGCAGGCCUAUCAAGUAAUGCGAGAGAAGCCUCCAGAGCAGCACACAGAUGUUCGUGCACGCAUUCACUUCCAGCAGGGCACAGAUGGUCGAAGAUAUAACCUUCCCACUGCUGAUGAAAUUGCUGUGAUUAUUCCUGGAGAUGGAUCCGAGGAGGUGUCCGACAAACACGACAUCAUUUUACGACUUCAAGGUGGCCAACUUCAACGUGUGAGCCAGCUUAGCCAUGCAUACUCAACCCUUCACUAUGUUCUUCUCUUUCCUUCCGGUGAG